AUGAUGAACUUGCCUGAUUUUCUAAAUGAUGGUGAUUCGAUCAAUAGAAGGAAAUACAAUGGAGGCUCAAACAAUGGGAGUAGACACAAUCUGAUAUUCGAUAAUGGUACUAGUAACCAGCAGCAUCAUCACAGCGAUAGCAGCAGCAACAACAACAACAACAAUCUCCAUCCAUCAGCACCCUCCAACAGUGAUGACCCUUUACAUCAAUCAAAUUUUAAUGAUAUAUUGUACAACAAGCUAUCGAACUUGAGUGAUUACCCUGAAUUUGACUAUUCAUCAUAUUAUUACAAUAACCCUACAGCAACGAACCCAAAUUUUAGAGAUACUUUUAAUUUACCCAUUGAAUUACAAGGUGGUGUUACCAACAUUUCGUCAAGAAGACCAAGUUAUGCUGCUGAAUCGUUCACUAGAAAUAACUUUUUUCAACAACAGCCGACGGCAACGACAACAGCAACGACAACAGCAACGACAACAGCAACCACAGCGACUGCUCCGCAAACAUCACAAGUUGGUUCUCGUUCAUCCAACUUUUUUAGUAACAACACGAACAGCAACAACGGUAACAACAAUAGAGGGUUAUCAUCGUUUGCAAUGAUGAACAACUACCACUCCAAGAAUAAUCAAUUCAACAACAAUGGGUUCAAUCUUGUUGAUGCUUUUGGUGACAUCAAUUUGAAUUCGGGAUCCAAGUUCAAUGAAUUCCAGUCGAGAAGACCCAGUCAGUUGGUCGAUUUUCCAUGGAGCUCGCCAUUCAAUGCUAUGCCUGCUCAACAAUUUUUGCCACAACAACAACAACAACAACAACAACAACAACAACAACAACAACCAGGACAACCAUUUCAGCAAUCGGGUGCACUUGGUGCUGGUCGCAGUGCCUCUAUUGAUGCCUCGGGUACGAAUUCAUUUUCUCCAUUUACUGACUCUAAUGGUGCUGCCCCCACCUCAGCUCAGAUGAGUAUGCCACCUCGUGGAGCUAAUCCAUCUCACUUGCAGGCACGAAAUGUCUUGCCCGGAAAGCAGCAACCGCAACAGCCACAGCAGAUGCAAUCAUUCUACUCACAACAUCAGCAACCACAAUUUCGAGCAAUGCAAUCUCAACCUGACCUCAUGUCACAACAAUCACAAUUUGCUAGUGCGCCACCAGGUCAACCCAUCAAAUUGGAAAAUGGGUUACUUUUGAAGGAUCAAUAUAUUGUUGCAUCACCGGACUUGAAAGAAUUGUAUUCAAAGACAAAGAGGUAUUAUCAGGAUGAAAAGAUAACAAACAAAGUCUUGACAAAAAUGAAUGGGCUAUUGAGUGAUCCUGUGAUUACUAAAUUGAUCACCUUUAUCAAAAACUUGAACAAUUUGACCUUCAAUCACAAGAUAUUAUGUAUGGUGAUCAACAAAAACGGGAAAUUUGACUUGUUGUCAUACCCAAACAAUUCCAACAUUUUUUUACAAAAGGAUGACUUGGUUAUCGUUGAUGGAGAUAGAGGUAAAGACUUGGUAAUGAUUGUUGAGCCAUUAGUCAAUUUGAAUUUUGCCGUUUUAUUCAAUUUCCUCAAAAAAUUGGAACAUUUAAAGAGCUUGACUAUUCAUGAAGGAUACGGAGGAAAAGCCCAUGGAGGCACGCAUUCGACAUCAAUGAAUGCUUCAGCAAUUAUCAACUCACAUCUGAACGAAGACAAUGAGUUUAUAAUUACGUUACCUACGAAACAAGUGUUGCGGUUUGCCACUCCCAAAGAAGUGCACAAGAUUAGUGGUAAAUUUCUCGAGGAGAAAAAGGCGUUCAUUACUUGUUUCAACAAGAUUAAAGAAUUGGGAUUAGAUUCGGACUUGACAUUGAUAAAUGUUGAGUAUCAAUGUGAUUUCAAGAAACUUAUAUUUUAUUAUUUUGCUGGAUUCAAGAGAAUUGAUUUUAGAGGGCUUAUAAAGGAAUUAUUCAAGAUCUAUAAAACAAGGAUUUGGUUAUGUGCUGUUUUACCAUUUAACCAGCCAGAGCUAUUCAUCACUAUGAAAGACGGGGAAAAGAAUAAGAAAGAGACUACCAAGACAAGUGGGUCCACCACCAACAAGAGACAAGAUCUUUUACCAAAGGAGUACGAAUUGAGUAAUGAGCAGAUCUUGAACUUUGCCAUUACCGAAUUUGAUACAUUGCCAUCGCCCAAUUACUUUCAUCUGAUUAAUACAUUAAAUUUGAUUAGACAUUUAACUAAUGAUAUUAAAGGUCAAUUUUAUGGUUUUAACAACAGUGCCGGGAAAUAG